CGGCCCCAACAGUUCAAUCUCCGACUGAGGUUCUCAGUCUUUCUUGUCCAUCCAUCGACUAGGAAUCUCCCGGUGUAGCAAUUAUCGAGUUGGUCGAAUCCUUCGCAUCUCAGUCAUGACCCGUUCAUUCUUGCCGCUGUUGGCUACCGCUUUAACGGCCACGAGCACCAUGGUUAGCGCCGCCGUCUCCAACUCCAGCAUCUGCUCCAGCGACGCGUUCCAGGCGCUCUCCGGCACGCAGCUUGGUGACAGUCCCAUCUUCGUGCGCGCCCUGGUGCAGGGAGACGAAGUCUGCAUCGAAUAUCAGCUUGACGCGUCCGUGGCCAGCACGGCCACGUGGUUUGGUGUCGGGCCAUCGCGUGACUCCAACAUGGUGAGCAGUCCGGCCUCCAACGUCAUGAUGUUCUUCAAGGACAGCGGCACCCCCACGUCCUACGUGCUGGGCGGCUACGUCAACAGUGAUGUGACGGAGGACUCCGAUCUGUCCUCCUUCGUGGUGGGCUCGGGUAGCACCACCAGCAUGAGCUUCAGCUUCCAGCGCACACUUGCUGCCGCUUCAAGUUCGGAUGUAGCCAUCUCUGCCACAGGCUCCACCGACUUUAUUUGGGCCUACGGUACCUCGUGGCCUAUUUCCACGCACAGACGCGGUACGAACGGCGCUGCCUCCUUCAACAUCGCGGCCGCAGCUACGGCCACAGGCUCCAAUGCCGGCGCCAGCACGAUCGUCAGCUCCAGUGCGUCCACGCCUUGGUGCGACGAUAAGAACUGCCCCGGUAUUGUCGGUGGCAUCGCCUUCGGUUCAAUGGCCGUGUGUGGCCUGUUGCUCACUGCGGCGCUCAAGUCGUCGCCUGUUGGUAGGCUCCUGCUGCACCGCACUGUGGCCCCGCCUCCGGUCAAGAUGACGACCAACUCGCCUGUGGCCAUGCCCCACACUAUGUUCAUGCAGACUUUGGCCGACCUGCACCUCGGUGAGCUGCUGGUUAUGCUCAUUUUCGUGGCGGCCGUGGUUGUGCUCAUCUCUCUACUAAGCGACGAGGAGAAAUACGUUGUCUCUGGCCAAGUGAGUCUGCUGAUUCUCAUGUUCCUCAUCCUCCCUGUGGCCCGCCUGCCUGUGUGGUCUAUUCUCUUUGGGAGCUCGUUUGAGCGCAUUGUCAAGUUUCACCGCUGGCUGGGCGUCAUUAUGAACAUCGCAGUGAUCGUCCACGUCGUGCAGGCCAGUGACGUCGUGGACCUCACUCUGAACGAGAAAUACGGUGAAGUGACGCCUCUGCCUGGCUUCGUGGCGUUCAUUUGCUUCAUCGCGAUGAUGUUCCUGUCUAUCGAGUACAUCCGUCGCAUGUUCUUCGAGGUUUUCUACUUCACGCACCGCGUGCUGUCGAUUGUGGGCUUCGUUUUCACUAUUCUCCACGCCCCCAAGUUCAUCGGCCUCGCUCUUUGCGUUCCUCUUGGACUGUACGCUCUUGGUCUGCUGUACCGUUGGUCGAGUGCCUUCACUGGUUCUUACAAGGCGUCUGCGACUGUACACUCCGGCUCGAACUCCACUACACUCGUCCUGGAAUCCACCCCGAAGACUGGCAAGAUGGCCAUGAACGUGAACCCUGGCUCGUACUUCUUCGUACGUCUCCCGGCUGUUUCGGCCACUCAGUGGCAUCCGUUCUCGUCUGUUGUGACUCCCGAUGGCAAGUCGCUGGGCUUCACUAUCAAGGCUAUGGGCAAUGGCUCCUUCACACGUAAACUACUGGAGAAGGCUGGUACGCAGUACGAAUUCACCGCUAAUCUGUGUGGCCCGUUUGGUAAGAUGUCGCUCAAUGUGGAUCGCUACGACGCUGUUGUGCUGGUUGCUGGUGGAGUUGGUAUCACGCCGAUGAUGAGUCUUAUCAACCAGUCGCGCUUGUUCCCGUCUGCGACGAACGAUUCGGAUAAAGCUCCCAAGGCUUCGGACUGGUACGUCUUGUGGUCCGUACGCGAGCCUGAAGAUAUCUUGAUGAUGGAGCAGUUCCUGCCCACCCACGCUCAGCUCGACUACGCUGCCCGUGCCAGCAUCCAGGACCCCAACAUGGCCAUCCUGGGCAACAACGCGCCGUCUCCAGUUAACAUUAACUGGAUGUUCCAUGUGUCGAACGCUCGCACGGAUGGCGUGGUUACCCGUACGAACGGCGAGACGUUGUCGUACCGCGGUGGCAAGCCUAUUAUGGAUGAACUGAUCAAUUCAAGUCGCUUUAACGGCAGGAAGGUGACGGUGGUGGCGUGCGGACCCCCGACCAUGACGGUCGAGGCCCAGGCACUCGCUCGCAACUGCAACUUUGACUUCCACAAGGAGGUUUUCAACUGGUAA